AUGUUUCGGCGGAGGCUCCCCCAGGCAGUGUGCGUGCUGUUGGUGUGUGUGUGUCUGGCUCUCGCCUAUGAGGAUGAUAUCGAGGUCGACUAUGCUGACACCUACUACAAUGAAAUCACAGAUGGAGAGACACCAGAACCCACACCAAGCGCAGCCCCCUGCAGUUCUCCAGACCUGACCAAAUGGGAUAAAAUGUUCUCGAUGCUGGAGAACAGUCAGAUGAGGGAGACCAUGCUGCUUCAGUAUGCCGAUGACAUCGUCAAGGUGGAGAUGGGGUCGCUGCGUGGGGAAAUGCUCAGGUUUGUAGCCCAAUACGGUGGCUCCUGUGGGGUUGCGGUGGAGACAGCAGGAAGAAGGAUGGCCAUGCAGCUGGAGGCCCGCCUCAGAGAAACCCUGGAGCGCAUCAAGUCGGGAGAUCACACUUCUGCCGCUGCUGGUGGGAAUUCUGUCGGGAAUUCAAACACCCUGGAGGCGAUGUUACAACAGCUUCUCUCUGCAGCGCGAACGCAAGCGUCCCGACUUGCCAAGCUGGAGACCAGUUGCUUCAGUAGCCCAGGAACUGGGAUGGGGCUGAAUUCAAAGACAAGAUUCCAGCGUCCAGAGGGCGGACGGGCUGGGCACCAGGAGCAGGAGGUCACAUCACGGGAAGUGGCUCUGGAAGCGGCGCUCGCUCAGCUGCAGCAGACAAGAAUGGAGCUCGAGGAGGGGCUGAGGUCAUCAAGGCAGAGAUAUUUACCCGCAGGUUGUGAGAUGGCGCUUCUCUUCCCCAUGCGUUCCCGUCGUAUCUACACUUCUGUUGUACCAGACGCCCCUCUUUCACUGUCCUCCUUCACCGUCUGCCUGUGGUUCAAGCCCACCACCGUCUCCAAUAAAACCGUGCUGUUCUCCUAUGGCAACCGUCGGAACCCGUAUGAGAUCCAGUUGCUGCUCGGCCAAACUUCGGCCUUCUUCACGAUCGGGGGAGAGGCUCACCUGGUGGAGGCACGGGGUGUGGUGAACCCAGGAGGCGCAUCAGAAUGGAUCCACCUAUGUGGAGCUUGGUCGUCCAAGCAGGGCCUGGCGUCUCUUUGGGCAGGUGGGAAAAAGGUGACCUCCACACCUGGAGUGGCUGAGGGACACGUCCUACCCGACGGAGGUUCACUCCAGCUGGGGCAGGAAAGGAAUGGCUGCUGCCCUCUGUCUCCAGGGAGUGGGAACGGGGUGCCAGGGUUUGAGGGAGGGUUCGACCCCAAGCUGGCAUUCGCAGGAAAGAUGACAGGAGUGAACAUGUGGGACAGGGUGCUGUCAGAGGAAGAGAUCUCCCAUCUGGCUUUGAAAGAGGGCCAGGGCUGCGAGCGGAGGGGCAACAUGGUGGCAUGGGGCGUGACGGAGAUGGUGCCACAUGGAGGUGCUCAGUUCAUCAACUAA